UUAAACAGUAAUUCCAAAUACAAUUUAUUAAUAUUUAAAGGCAAUGAAAAAAAUUUGAAACCAAAUCAAAAUUUUUCUGCCAAAAAAAUUCCAAAAAAAUGUUUACAAAAUUGCUACUACAAAAUAGUUUAAGAAAACCAUGCUAUAAGUUAAUUAGUACUUCAGCGCAGGCCUUUCGUAAGGUAACAUUACUGGGCGCAGCUGGAAAUGUCGGACAGCCGCUAGCAUUACUACUAAAAUCAAAUCCAGUAAUUACAAAGCUUGCUUUGUAUGAUACAUCAAAGAGUAUUGUUUGUAUGGCAAAGGAUUUAUCUUUAGUAAAUACCCCAACUUGUAUUCAAUAUGGUUACGGGCAAAGACAAUUAAAAUACACUUUGCAAGAUUCAGAAGUUGUUGUAAUUGCUGCGGGAAUUCCACGAAAAUCUGGUGAACGUGACGAUUUAUUCGAUGUAAAUGGAGAAAUCGUGUACGAUUUAGCCUCAGAAUGUACAAAAUAUUGUCCAAAUGCGAUGGUUGUACUCAUUACCAAUCCCCUAAAUGCACUCGUCCCUCUGCUAUCCGAAUUAUACAAACAGAAAGAAUGCUACGAUCCAAAACGCAUAUUUGGAGUCACUGCACUGGACACAAUUCGCACUAGAACCUUAAUAUCAAAUUAUUUACAAAAACCUCUAAGCAAAUCCACAAAAAUACCCAUAAUUGGAGGUCAUUCAUUUUAUACCAUCAUUCCCGUAUUAUCGCAAGUAAAAAAGGCAAAUAUUAAAUUCGAUACAAUGGAAGAUUAUCGUAAUCUAAUUUUAUCAAUUCGAUGUGCGAAUAAUCAAGUUCUUGAUAGCAAAGGAAAUGUGACAGUUUCAAUGGCAUAUGCGGCAGCAAAGUUUUGCAACUCAUUAAUUGCGGCUAUGAAUGGUGCAAAGAAUAUAUAUGAGUGUGCAUAUGUAAAAUCAAACGAAGAUAUUUUACCGUUUAUGGCAUCACAAUUACGAUUGAGUACAGAUGGAAUCGCUGAAAAUUAUGGUUGCGGAUUGUUAAAUGAUUAUGAAAAACGGUUACUUGAUGAUGCAGUACCAUAUUUAUUGUGUGAUAUUAAAAAAGGUGUGGAUUUCAUAACGGAGAAAAAUUUAGGCAAUGAGCCAGAUGAUAGUAGAAAAAUAAGUUGUGCUGAAUUGUUUGGAGUUUCUGUAAAUUGAAACUGCAAUGAAAAUCUAAUAGUGUGGUAAAUAGGCAUGUGUAUUUCUACAAAUCUUCGAAGGAAUAAUUCGCACAGAUUUAGCUGCGGCUGGAGAUAGUAUAAUUUGAUUCCGGAAAUGAAAUUCAAUCUGGAACCUU